AUGAGCUCUAUUACAUGGUCCCAUACACUGAGUGGUAUCGAGGGUUGUGGCGCCAGGGGCGAACAUGUACAAUAUUUCUUAGAAACUUUGAAUUUUUGUGAUCUUCAACAAUUUAAUACAGUUUAUAAUUCCUACAACCGAAUACUCGACUUAGUUUUGUCGAAUGACUAUGUAAAUGUAAAUCAUUGUCUAGAUCCCUUAGUUUUGGAAGACCAGCAUCACAAGGCUUUGAUAAUUUUUGUAAACUUUGAUGUCCAGCCUCUGACUCGUAACAAAUUGACCUCUUAUUCUUACAAUAAAGGCGACUAUAACCAAAUAAAUUUAGACAUUAGUUCGGUGAACUGGGAGGAAGUUCUUAGUAGAGGUAAUGUGGAUGAUGCUGUCGAACUGUUUUACGAGACAAUAUAUAAUAUUCGUGACAAAUAUAUUCCUUCUCGUAUACAAUGUAAUAGCAAAUACCCACCAUGGUUUAAUCAUGCUAUUGUCAGAUUAAUCAAAGAAAAGAAUAAGUACCACAAGAAGUUCAAAAUCUAUGGAAAUUUAUAUGACAAAAUCACCUUUGAAAUUUUGAGAGAAAGGAUUAAACGGAUCGAAAAGACACUUUACAAUGAAUAUAUUUGUCGCGUCGAAGAUAGUCUAAAAAGUCAUUCUAAAAUAUUUUGGUCGUAUAUUCGAAACAAAAGUCGGGGUGCAUCUUAUCCCUCUCGUAUGACUUAUUCUGGUAUAACAUAUAACUCAGAACAAGAUAUUUGUAAUCUUUUUGCACAAUAUUUUCAUUCUAAUUACCUUCAACCAACUAAACCAGAAGAUAUCUCACGCUGUACAUCAUCUUUCGCAUCAAACGAUAUCUCUACAAUAAAUAUAAAUUACUUUGAAGUAGAGAGGCUAUUAAAGUCGCUUGACUUAAAAAAAUCAGCUGGCCCUGAUGGUAUACCAGCUUUAUUUCUAACAAAAUGUGCUGGAACUUUAUCUAAACCUAUAACUUUUAUUUUUAGAAGAUCUAUUAAUGAGGGCUUAAUGCCAUCAAGAUGGAAAUCCGCAUUUAUAACCCCAAUACAUAAAAAGGGUCCACAAAAUAUCAUUGAGAAUUAUAGACCAAUUUCUAAAUUGAACCUCAUUGCUAAGGUCUUUGAAAGAAUUGUAUACAACCAAUUGUACCCGGCGAUCAAACAUACUAUUAUUCCCCAACAGCAUGGCUUCCUUCAAAAAAGAUCCACUACGUCCAAUCUUUUGCUAUUUACGGAUUUCGUUUCAUAUAAUAUGGAUAAAGGGUAUCAAAUCGACGCCAUAUAUACCGAUUAUAGCAAGGCAUUUGAUCGUAUUGAUCAUGCUAUAUUAAUGGAAAAGUUAUCGACAGCCGGUAUAAGAGGUGACUUAUUUAGAUGGUUUACAUCCUAUAUCUCUAAUAGAUCACAAGCGGUAAUUCUGAAUGGAUUUACAUCUUCCUGGGUGCCUGUCCCCUCCGGAGUCCCGCAAGGUUCUUUACUUGGCCCUUUGCUCUUCGUAAUUUUUAUUAACGACAUAAGUGAAUGCUUUUUAAACACAAAUUUUUUACUUUUCGCUGACGAUAUGAAAAUAUUUAGAAUAGUUAAUAAUUUCGAUGAUGCGCUAUAUUUACAAAACGAUCUACUCAAUUUAGACAAUUACUGUAGGCGAAAUAAACUUGAUAUUAACGUUGAAAAAUGUUUUUGUGUGUCUUUCGGGCGUAAGCGUAAUAUUAACAUAUUUAAAUAUACCCUUAAAGGCUCUGAAUUAUCCAGGUGCAACGAAAUAAGGGACUUGGGUAUUACCAUUGACAACAAAUUACUAUAUGACCAGCACAUUGAACAAAUUGUUAAUAAAGCAUAUAAAGCUCUUGGCUUUAUCAUUAGAUCAUGUUCCAGUUUCCGCAAUUUAAAAUCUAUUAAAAUUUUGUAUUGUUCACUUGUUCGAAGUAAUCUGGAAUACGCAAGUCAAAUAUGGAAUCCUCAGUACAAUAUUUACGUUAAUAAAAUUGAAUCCAUCCAAAAAAGAUUCAUCAGAUAUGUGUGCUCAAAAUUCCGCAUUCCCAAAGAAAACUACGAGCUGCUGUGUGGUCGUCUUCACCUUCUCCCUCUGCAAACUAGACGUUACACAGCAGACCUGGUUUUACUAUCAAAAAUCGCUCAGGGCCACAUAGACUGUCCAGACUUAUUAAAGAAAUUACUCAUCUCAACCCCCACUCGUUCACUACGUUGUAACAAUCUCUUACACAUACCUUCUUAUCGCACUAACUACAGACGCAAUUCCUUCUUUAUAAGAGCAUCUAAUUCAUUUAACAGACUAUCUAAAGACUAUGAUAAGGUGGACCUUUUCUGUACCAACAGUUCUGCCAUUUGUAAAUUAAUCACCUCCAAUUUUAGCAACAGUCAACAAUUUAAUAACAAGCAAUAA